GUUGGUAACACUGCUUAAAGUGCACUCUUUAUAGCCGAAGUCGUUGCAGUUUUGUGUAAAGGGAAUUUCUAAUUUAAGAAAAUAAAAGGAUAUUUUCUCGAAGGGAGAGGCUUAUUUCGUGAAUAGUCAAUAUCGAAAUGACGCGACACGCGAGGAAUUGUACUGCGGGUGCAGUUUAUACGUACCACGAAAAGAAAAAAGACGCAGCGGCAUCAGGUUAUGGUACCAAUACCCAACGUGUCGGUAAAGAUUCCGUCAAAGAUUUCGAUUGCUGUUGUCUAAUGCUACAACCUUGCAGGAAUCCAGUGAUAACGAAACACGGUUAUUUAUUUGACAAAGAGGCAAUAUUGGAGUAUUUCCUGGCCAAAAAGAAGGAAUAUGCGAGAAAACUGAAAGAAUACGAGAAGCAGAAGCAACAGGGAAAAGAGCAAACCGCUAAAGAAGAGCUGAAGAAAUUACAGAAUUAUCUCAGCAGUGGGCAAGAUAUCACCAGUUCUUUGAAUGGUUCCAAUACUAAGGAUAAAGGUUCAGUGUCUAAUAUGACAAAUGGCAGGGACAAAGUAUUACCGAGCUUUUGGAUACCUUCCAAAACACCAGAAGCAAAGGAAGCUUUCUUACAAAAACCUGAUAGCACUAUUUAUUGUCCUGUCAGUGGAAAUCCGUUGAAAAUGAAAGACCUGAUUCCCGUAAAAUUCACAGAAGUUAAGGAUCCAGAUGACAAAAGAUCGCUUAUUGUGAAACAAGCGCGAUACAUGUGCCCUAUCACACAUGACAUCUUAGGCAAUAGCAUUCCCUGUGCUGUGAUAAAAACAAGUGGUGAUAUAGUCACUAUGGAGUGCGUAGAUAAAUUGAUAAAAAAGGAUUGGAUCAACCCUCUGGACAAUUCCAAAUUGAAGCCAUCCGAUAUCAUUCCUCUACAAAGGGGUGGCACCGGUUAUGCAUCUGUUAAUGAUUCGUUGGAGGGUAAACACGAAAGACCGGUGCUGCAAGCGUGAAGAACUCGAUACUCAUAUAUAGUUUUUCUUUUCUUUAUAAAAUGUAUUUAAGAAUUCUUUUUUUAAUAAAAUAUAUUUAAGAAUUAA